AUGUAUAUACACACUCAUUUUUUCCUUUUUCUUGCUACUCUUUUUCAAUUCGUGGCCUCACAACAAGACGCAACAUGUGAUACUGAAAACCCUUGCAAGGUUGGUUGCUGCUCAAAAACUGGUAGCUGUGGCUUUGGACCGGACUGGUGCAGUGACGACAAUUGUCUUAGCAAUUGUGAUGCUGUUGCAGAAUGUGGAAAAUAUGGUAAUAACACAGAAUGUCCCUUGAAUGUCUGCUGCAGCCAGUGGGGCUUCUGUGGCACAACCGAGGAGUUUUGCCUCAAAACCGACGAUAAACAUAGCUGCCAGAGCAACUGUGGGUCACCCACGCGUGAAAAAUGUUCUUCAAGCUGGGAGCAGCGUCGUAUCGCCUACUACGAGACGUGGGCAGAUAGCAGGGACUGUGACUCGUUCCGUCCUGAAGAUAUCCCUGUGAAGGCUUUAACCCAUAUAAACAUUGCCUUUGGUGGUAUCAAAGAGUCCAAGGUCACUAUUGACAGCUCUGAAAUGAUUCAGAGGAUGGUCCGACUGAAAAGGAAGAAUCGUUCACUUAAACUGAUCAUAGCUAUUGGUGGAUGGGCCUUCAGCGAUCCUGGAUCAACUAGGACUGCCUGGUCUGAUAUGGCUUCCAGCAAGGAUAACCGAUCGACUUUCAUCAAGAGCGUAAUGAAUCUCCUGGAAACGUAUGACCUCGAUGGCAUUGAUCUUGAUUGGGAGUACCCCGUUGCGGACGAUCGUGGCGGGAAAGAUGCAGAUUACAAGAAUUAUGUUUCCCUUUUGAAAGAGAUGCGUAGCUCCUUCGAGGACCAAAACCCUGCGUGGACUAUUUCUAUGGCUAUUCCUGCUAGCUACUGGUAUCUGCAGCAUUUUGACGUUGCAGCUCUUGAGCCAAAUGUUGAUUGGUUUAAUCUCAUGAGUUAUGAUAUGCGUGGUAAAUGGGACCAAGAAAAUGAGUGGACUGGUCCGUACGUGUUUGGUCACACGAAUAUCACCGAAAUUGAGAAUGGUGUGGAUCUUUUGCGAAGAAACGAUAUUAGUUUAUCAAAAGUCAAUCUCGGAAUGGGUUUCUACGGAAGAACCUUCACCCUUGCUGACAGCAAAUGCAACAAGCCAGGCUGUGUCUUCAGCGACGCCGGCGUCCGUGGAGAGUGUUCUGGUGAAGAGGGGAUUCUCACUUUCAAGGAAAUCAUGGCUCGCCAACAUCGAUUGAAUGAGAAGACAAUUCGAUACGAUGAGGAGAGCGGUGUCACAUACAUGAUUUAUGAUGAGAAUCAAUGGAUCACGUAUGAUGAUGAGACCAGCUUCAAAAAGAAGCGUGACAUGCUGGACAAAGAGUGUUUUGGCGGUGUGAUGAUCUGGGCCGUUGACCAAGAUACGAAUGACUUUCAAGCUCUAACCGCUUUGCUUGGUGAUAAAUACGUUUCAGGCACUCUUCUUGAAGGUGGCGAUCUCAGUGAUGAAGAAAAAGAGGCUCUCGUCGACGAAAUGGGCGGACUCACUGGAGACAAAUGCUACGUCACAACAGGUUGCGUUGGGGCAAAGGCAACGAUUGAAGGGAACUCAAAGUGCAAUACAGGCGAUGUGACUGUGGCCUACGUACACUCUCCAGGUGAAGCUCCGUUUGAUUUGUAUGGAUCCUCAGCCCACAACUCGCAAGCCUGCUCCAAAGGAACGUUCAAAAGAAUAUGCUGUCCUGCCAAGACACCCGCCGUCAACUGUAAAUGGGAAGGGGCUCCAGAUGGAGACUCGACGAAAUGCACAGGUGGAAAGGCUGAGAAUACUUGUGGAAAUGGAAGAUUUGAACUCUUUACAGACCGCUAUACCGAUGCCGGUGGUGGCACCAAAUGCUCCGGAGACACCAAAACAUCACUCUGUUGCGAUGGGCCACCUGAGAUGCAGGACUGUCAUUGGUCUCCUUGCACUGUGUUUGGUACAUGCUCAACUGGAUAUGCUCAUGCAAUCGCCACCAGGGGUGACUUCUGCGAAGAUGACUCGUUCCAGAAUUUCUGCUGUAAAAUAGAUGCCAAACUUGACAAUUGCGACUGGGUGCCUGGACUCGAAAAGUUGGAGGACAAUUUAUUGACAUUCCCGGACACAGAGGAAUGUUCAAAAAGGUCCUGUCCAUCAACGCAGUUCACUGCGGCAAAGGCCAUAUUACCCAAUCGAGCAGGUGGACGUAUAGCACCUUGCGGGAUGUCAGGUGGAACAGUUCAACAUCGACUAUGCUGCGAUCCAAAGCCAGACUUGGAUCUUCCAUUUGACCUGAAGAAAAUAUUUCCCGACCCGAUCGGUGAAGAUGUGGCUUAUCAAUACAGCGACAACUAUGGAAAUAACGAUGAUGACCCACAUGGGCCAGACGAAACUGAUAUGGGCGACGACCCGUAUGGAUUCAUUGUGCUGGAUGGAGAUGAAGAUGCCCUCCAAGGGGAGUUUCCAAGCAAUUUUGCUUUCACGCAUGCAGAUGAUGGAUCAGGAAAUGCUAUCUCAAAGCGAGAGCUUCUCACCCGUGACGAGCCGAACCUGGUGGACUGGGCUUUCGAGCACGAGGAGUCAUCCCAUCUUAUUUACUGCCGAAAGGGUCGAGAAGCUGCUUGUGAGAAGGUCUUCAAGGGAGGCGCUCCGGAUACUAUUAUCUCUCUUCCUCGCCACAUUGGGUCUGGUCCCUAUGCGCGUAUUAUUUCGAUGGAGCCAGUUGGGGAGACCGAUCUCUCUGACUUCCACAUUAGAAAGCGUGCCCUUGACCAACAUGAUUCAGUUGUGUACAACUUGACAAUCGAUUACAGGUUUGAAUUGAUUCGCAGAGAGGAUUCAACGGUCAAUUUGCGGAUUGACUAUACAAACCUUGUACCAUACUGGGACGAAAUGACUGGCUCUGGAUCUGAUGCCGGCAAAAGCAAACGAGAGUUGCGACAUGAGAAGCGCUGGUGGGGUGCUUAUCCCGACUGGAUCAAAAAGCUGACCACCGUUCGCAAUUCGGACAAAGGAAAGCUGCCUAUGUCAAUCCACAAGAAAAUGCUACUCUAUAGUAGACGUGCUCAGUGUACCAGAGGCAACGUGAAUUUGAAGGCUGGUCUAGACGUCACAUUGGACGCGAAAUUCGACAUGAAUGCACGAUGGGCUUACUAUGCAGAAGGAACUAUUAUUCCCAUGAGUAUAGAUACAGUCUAUACGUAUUUUGAGCUCGAACCAGAAGUGCAGGCAAUGAUUGAGAUUGAGGGAAGUGCGGAAAUGACAUACCGCAGCCCUAGAAUCAGAAUCAUUGACACCCUCUCGUACCCAGGUUUAGCAAUCAAAGGAAUUGCCGCUGUUGGACCUACUUUGGAUCUCUGGGGAGGCAUGGAAGCGGGAGCCAGAGUGGCUGGGAAGUUGACCGCUGGGGCGAAGGUCACAUUCCCAAAGUAUGAAAUGUACUUCCCGCAGGUGGAUGAAGCAGAUGAAUUUCAGAAGUUUGCUCAACCAGACGGCAAGGACGAGCAGAAAUCAGAGGGAACAGACAUGGUCCCCAUUCUGGAUGCAAGUGUUGAAGCCAACGUGCACAUCGACUUUAAAAUCACACCCGAGGUAAACUUGGGAAUCAAGGUCAAUGCUCCCAUAAAAAAGGGCGGUACCAUUAUCGAUUCCCAGAUUGUUGGCUUUGUCAACAAUACACUUCGAUUUGAGGUAGAGGCGCAGGCCAGCGCUGGGAUUGAUAAUCCACCUGCCGCGUCUUACAGCGUUUACAUCAAAUACUUUUACAACUUCGCAAGAACACUCUUCAAUGGUCUUGGCCGCCAGAAGAUCCUGUGGGAACAUCAUGGCUCUGCCUCCCUCUCGAAGCGAAAUCCCUUUCUGCCAGAAGAAGAUGGCGCCGACAAGUUCAUCCCCAUAUACAAUACAACUCUCGUCACAGAGGAAGACUGGCUAGAUCCAACUGGAAUAUUGCCCCAUCAGCUGUCAAAGCGAGCCACUGUUGAAGAUGUAGCUGCUUUUGGUGCAAACCAGAGUUUUUUCACAUGCAACGACGGAGGGCAAUGUGCCAGUGGGGCUUGUACAGGCGGCUCUUGCGAAUGGAACCCUGCAAAUUCCAAAUCCAAGACAAAGCGAGCCGAUGAUGAUGAUGAUGAUGAUGACGGUGAUUCUAUGGAUGUUGAUUCCGGCCAAAGCUGUAUCAGCACCAUCCCAGCGAUGAUGUACAAUUGCAAGUACUUUCCGGACGAGACGGUGAAGGGAAGACCACUUCCUGGUAUUUGCCAUAAUAUCAUGAAUUACUUCGAUGCGCAAGGUCUUGGUUCCGGUCCAUUUACCGGCACCUUCGCCCUGUCAGGCUCAAGUGUAGGUGGUGUCAACCGAGACAACGUUUGUGGCGUAUACUCAAAACAUAAAUACACCUACACGGAUGAGAACGGCAAAAAAGUCGAAGAGGAAAAGAUAUGGAGCGAACGGUGUAAAUCCAUAUCGACAGUUCUUGGGAAGUUGACUGGUAAAGGAGAUGGACCUCCAGGGAACAAAAACUGGCUUAGCUGCGACGAGUUUCCAUUCAACUCUCUGGAUGAAGGUGGCAAUCCGGUGUCGAAUAGUCGAAUGUGUGUCCCCACGUACCAGCAGUCCACGCAAGCUAACUUGAACUCUUUACCCCGACAAAUAAAGCAAAAGGUUACUUGGGAGGACAAUAAAGGAAAUACUCAGACUGAAUGGCAGAAAUGGCAAGAUAACUGGGGAGAUCCAGAUAUCACUGGAAGUGGAAGUGGGAGAUCUCCGGUUGACAAGGACAAGGCAUGGAACCACGCUGGCAAUAACAAGAAGAGCUUUACUUUCCACCUCUUUAACUCAGAUUCCGCUACUGGACCGAAGGGAUCACCUUACGAAAUUUUCAAUCACAAACUGGUCAGCGGCGGUACUGGCAGAGAAAGCAAAAUUGAACUGGUUGUGGGGGCUUUCAAUCUGCUGGGCAACUCAAACUAUGAAGUCAUCAAGUGGAACGCGUGGUGUGUGGUUGAAGGAAGUACGCGACCUCAUAAUUAUUGGGGUCCCUUCAUCAGAGUUUCACAGUAA